AUGGGCAAGCCCAGUGCUGGCAAAGGCAAGUAUGGCAAAAGCAAAGCCAGCCCAAGCAGGGGCAAGGGGAAGACUUUCAGACGAGAGGAGGGUAGGUCCUACCCGGAUGAGAGUGCCAGGUCUGAUUCGCUCAAGGCGAGACUGAUCAACAAACAGCGGGAAGGAGGUGAGGAUGCUAAAAAGUCUUUGCCGCCUGAGCCGGAGCUAGAUGACAAAGCCACGCAGUUGAGGGAAAAACUGAUGCUGAAGAAGCGCAAGUUGACGGCUCAUGGAGACAAAGAGGUAGAGACAGCCAAGUUCGCCACAGCUGGCGCUGCUGCAAGGGGCGCGGCAGCACUGGCCAGUACAGGACCGGAGUGCCAGCGCUUUGAGUGA